AUGGCUGUGACGACAAGAAGGAUAUGGGCCACGACGGAGGAUGUUCUACACACCUCGAGGGCUGCGCGGCUCUCCCAGUACCUUGGCCCUUUGACACUUUGCUUACGAACCCAUUUCUCCUCAUACCCCCUUCUCUACGCUUACGAAUUUGAUUCACGAAGAAAAAUUGGCAUUUUGGCAUGCUGGAUGGCCGAGGCAGUCUACCAACUGAGACGAUACAAAGUCUUUACCACCUUCACUGGAUAG